AUGUCCUUGCGAUUCGAGGACAAGGAAUAUGUUCUCGAGAAAGAGCUGAAUGAGAUAGAUGAAUCUAAAGCUACUCCUGAGGAAAUAGCUGAGUAUAGGACCCACUACAAAGAUGCUACCAAAGUAUCAUGCAUCAUGGUGGCAACUAUGACUCCUGAGCUACAACGGUUUUAUGAGGACUAUUGGACUUAUGAGAUGUGCAAGGACUUGAUGGAGAAGUACCAUCAAAGAGCACGACAAGAAAGGUAUGAGAUAGUCAAGUCACUCAUAACCAACAAGAUGAAGGACGAAGAGUUCGUCACGACCCACUUGCAGUGCAUGCAACGCUAUGUGGAUCGUUUGCUGAAACUUAACGUGAAUUUCGAUGAGGAAUUGGCUAUUGAUAUAGUAUUGCACUCAUUACCUUAUUUUUAUGAUCAGUUCGUCAUAACCUAUCAUCUGAACAAGGAGGAAACCAUGUUGAGCUAG